AUGCUUCGCACGUUCAAUUCUAAUGGACUAAAGAUUUAUUCUUUAUCUGCGGGUAAAUCUACCCCUCAAUUUUCCCUAGAAUGGGCUAAAAACAGCAGGAAAUUGAAGGGAGAUGCGGAAUUCCAACAUAGAAUCGAACUUAUUCAUGAUUUAGAAUUUCCUCAGUGUUGUGAUACAAUCUCUAUUUCACCUGAUUCCAGGUACAUUAUCGCAAGUGGGACAUAUCCUCCACAGAUCGGAAUAUAUGAUACCCUGGAGUUAUCACUAAAACACAGAAGAGGUAUUGAUAAUGAAGUUCUAAAAACAUGUUUUUUGGAAUCUGACUAUACAAAGUUGGCAUUCCUAUGCCGACAAAGGGUAAUUGAAUUCCAUAAUAGAGGAGGCCGUCAUCAUUCAAUUAGAAUACCUAAUGAAGGCAGGGAUAUGAAGUAUUUAUCGGAUCACUCCUCUCUUAUUACCGCCAAUGCCUCAAAUCAACUAUUCAGAGUAAAUCUGGAGAGGGGUGUAUUUGAAGAACCCCUGACUUCAGUAUGUUCAGAAACGAAUUGCUUAUCGGAAAAUCCUAUAUUGCCCCUUGUGUCAGCAGGAGGAAAUAAAUGUAUUCUAGAAAGUUGGGAUCUAAGAUCUCAAAAAUCAGCCUCAAAAUUUAGUUGUAGUAACAAUCUUGAUGAUAGCGUAACUUCGUGCGAAUACUCUUCAAAUGGAUUGAAAGUAGCCGUUGGAACAGAAUAUGGAAUGCUAAAACUUUAUGAUAUAAGAAACUCCAAACCUAUAUGGGAAAAGGAAAACAUCAAUGGAACGGCAAUAAAUUGCAUAGAGUGGAUAAACUCCGUAAAUCACUACACUACUGAUAUUGGUGAAAAUUCACUAAUAGCCUGGUCAGACAACAAAAGUGUUAGAAUCCAUGAAAUUGAGAACGGGAACUUUGUUGUAUCAGUAGAAGGCCUAAAUACUAAUGACAAAAAGCAGGGGGUUAUUAGAAUAAAUGGGUUCUCCUUUUAUCCAGACAGUGGAAUAUGUUUUAUCGUUGGAGACCAAACACGUGUUGGUACAUACUUUGUACCUCAUAUUGGACCAGCACCUACGUGGUGUUCAUUUCUUGAAAACAUCACAGAAGAGAUGGAGAUUCCAAACGCUACGAACACUGGCGUACCGACCGCCAAACAGCAGAUCUAUGACGGACACGUCUUUGUUACUAAACAACAGUUGGAAGAAUUAAAUGCAGUCGAGCUAAUUGGCACAAAAUUGGUCAAAGAUUACAUGCAUGGAUACUUCAUCGAUAGUAGAACCUACAGGAACCUAAAGAACUUAACAUCCGACUUCGACUUUGAGGAAUACAGGAAACAAAAGCUCCAUGAAAAGAUAGAAAAGAAUAGACAAAUGAGAAUACCUGUACGACAAAAGAAGGUUAAGGUAAAUCCAGAACUCGUCGAAAAGCUCGAGGCAUCGGCCUCUGUAGAUACAAAAGGUCUCACUAAGAAAGAAAGAGAGGCAGCCCUCAGAGCAAAAUCUGCCCUUGAAGAUGAAAGGUUUUCCAAGUUAUUCACUGAUGAAAAUUUUGCAAUCGACCAUAUUGAUGUAAAUAAUGCAAAAUAUAAAAAAUAA